AUGAAGGCUGAGCCGCCGGUCGUUACCAAGGGGACACUUUACCCAGAGCAACCAGUAAGAGUCAUCAUACCGGCAGAUGUAAAUGUCAUCCACACGAAAAACCUUCGUCUCCGACCCUUAAUGCUGAGCGACGCUGCCGACCUGUUCGAAUUUCGAUCUCGGCAGGACGUAGCAGAUUGGCUGUGGCCUCGAGACCCUCACAAAAACAUUCAAGAAACGGAGGCAAACAUCGCGACUAAAACCUUCCAGACCCCCGAUGCAUCCGGGGCCAUCGGCAGACGAUUCUACUUUGGAAUCAUCAGUGCCUCCGACCCAAAGCAAAAGGUCGUCGGCGCAGUUGGAAUAAACUCUCUCCUCCCGGCUCCUUCAAUUGGGUACGGUCUCCACCCCGACAUCUGGGGCAAGGGAUACGCUAGUGAAGCGGUGGCAGGAGUUAUCGGUGCAUGGUGGAAUCUGGAGAGAAUCGACCCGGUAAACGCAGAGGCCGUUCCAAAGGCGGAGAGACUUUUUGCAGGAUGCAAUAACACAAAUAUUGGAAGCGUGAAAGUGCUGCAGAAGAAUGGAUUCAGGAACUUUGGCGUGGUACGGGUUGAAGACGAUACUGUUGCGAGAUUUGAACUCGAGCGCCCAAACUGA